GGAGAUCCGAAUGGGCGUGACAGUCUAUGUUCAAGCGUUACCUGAUGGAGAAGCAGAGCCCAUCAUAUCGAGAUCAACAAGCGGGCGAAAGGCUGAGAGCUUUCCGAUGAAGUUCCCCAAAGGCGAUGCCAAGUGUCGAUGCCGGAUGAGCAAUGCACAGUUUUCAGUGUUUGCUGAGGAGGACGAUAAUGGCUUCUUUUGUCUGCAUUUCGGUUCUAUCGUUCUUCUUUCUCCGCUAUUUAUACCGUUUUCUCUGCACCUCUCCAAACCCUCUCUGUGCUUUAUUUCACUUUCUAUGUUUGAUUUUGAGAGAGAAUCAUGCCGACCACUAGGUUUGAAACAAUGCGAGAACGAGUUCAGGACGCUCUCUUGGUUCACCGCAAUGAGCUCGUUUCUCUCUUCUCCAGGUAUGUUGAUCAGGGGAAGGGGAUUCUGCAACCGCAUCAAUUGAUAGAUGAGCUACAGAAAAUUAUUAAAGAGGAUGAAGGAGUGCAAAAGCUCAGUGAUAGUCCCUUCAUGAAAGUCUUGCAAUCUGCUCAGGAAGCUAUAGUUCUACCUCCGUUUGUGGCAAUAGCAGUUCGUCCAAGACCUGGUGUUUGGGAGUAUGUUCGAAUUAAUGUCUACGAGCUCAGCGUGGAUCACUUGACCGUUCCUGAAUAUCUUCGAUUCAAAGAAGAGCUUGUGGAUGGACACUGCAACAACAACUACGUGCUUGAACUUGACCUUGAGCCAUUCAAUGCAACGUUUCCUCGACCAACCCGGUCUUCGUCAAUUGGCAAUGGGGUUCAAUUUCUCAAUCGUCACCUAUCUUCAAUUAUGUUCCGUAACAAAGAAAGUUUAGAGCCUUUACUUCACUUUCUUCGCAAACACAAGCAUGACGGGCGUGCAAUGAUGUUGAAUGAUCGUGUACAGAACAUAUCCAAACUUCAGUCUGCCUUAGCUAAGGCAGAGGAGUUCCUUUCGAAGCUCCCACCAAAUACACCAUAUUCUGACUUUGAAUUUGAAUUGCAAGGAAUGGGAUUUGAGAGAGGCUGGGGUGACACAGCACUAAGGGUAUCAGAAAUGGUGCAUCUUCUCUUGGAGAUCCUUCAGGCUCCCGACCCUUCUACCUUGGAGACAUUUCUUGGGAGGAUCCCUAUGGUGUUCAAUGUUGUGAUCAUGUCUCCUCAUGGUUACUUUGGGCAAGCGAAUGUCUUAGGCCUGCCUGACACUGGUGGACAGAUUGUUUAUAUACUUGAUCAAGUGCGCGCCUUGGAAAGUGAGAUGCUUCUUCGGAUACAGAAACAAGGGUUGGAUGUCAUUCCAAAGAUACUUGUAGUAACCCGACUCAUACCUGAUGCAAAAGGGACAACAUGCAACCAAAGAUUAGAAAGAAUCAGUGGGGCAGAACAUGUGCAUAUACUUCGGGUGCCUUUUAGAACAGAAAAUGGGAUUCUCCGCAAGUGGAUUUCAAGGUUUGAUGUGUGGCCAUAUUUGGAGACUUUUGCAGAGGAUGCAGCAAAUGAAAUUACUGCAGAGCUACAGGGUCUUCCGGAUCUGAUUAUCGGAAACUAUAGUGAUGGAAAUCUUGUUGCGUCCUUGCUAUCCUAUAAGCUGGGAAUUACACAGUGCAACAUUGCACAUGCAUUGGAGAAGACAAAAUAUCCUGAGUCUGACUUAUACUGGAGAAAAUUUGAGGAGAAGUACCAUUUUGCAAGUCAAUUCACAGCUGAUCUUAUUGCAAUGAACAAUGCAGAUUUUAUAAUCACUAGCACAUACCAAGAAAUUGCAGGAAGUAAGAAUAAUGUUGGGCAAUAUGAGAGCCACACAGCUUUCACUCUUCCUGGUGUUUAUCGAGUUGUUCAUGGCAUAGACGUUUUCGAUCCCAAAUUCAAUAUUGUCUCUCCUGGAGCAGACAUGUGCAUAUAUUUUCCGUACUCUGACAAGGAAAGAAGACUUACUGCGCUGCAUGGCUCAAUUGAAGAGCUCUUAUAUGAUCCGGAGCAGAAUGAUGAGCACAUUGGUUGGUUAAGCGAUCGGUCAAAGCCUAUCAUCUUUUCCAUGGCAAGGCUUGACAGAGUUAAAAACUUAACAGGACUUGUUGAAUGCUACGCUAAGAACAGCAAGCUGAGAGAGCUUGUAAAUCUUGUUGUGGUUGGUGGCUAUAUAGAUGUGAAGAAAUCCAGGGAUAGAGAAGAGAUGACAGAAAUUGAAAAGAUGCAUGCUCUCAUGAAGCAAUAUGCAUUACAUGGCCAGUUCAGAUGGAUACCAGCUCAGAUGAACCGUGCACGUAAUGGCGAGCUCUACCGGUACAUUGCAGACACAAGAGGUGUUUUCGUGCAGCCUGCCUUUUAUGAAGCUUUUGGCCUUACAGUUGUGGAAGCCAUGACAUGUGGGCUUCCUACUUUUGCAACUUGUCACGGUGGUCCCGCUGAAAUCAUUGAGAAUGGUGUUUCAGGGUUCCAUAUAGACCCCUAUCACCCUGAUCAAGUUUCUGCUCUUUUGGUCGACUUCUUUGAAAGCUGCCAGAAGGAUCCUAGUUACUGGAACAAGAUAUCCGAUGGGGGGCUUAAACGAAUCUAUGAAAGGUACACAUGGAAGAUAUAUUCUGAGAGGCUACUGACAUUAGCCGGGGUUUAUGGGUUUUGGAAGCAUGUGUCGAAGCUAGAGAGAAGAGAGACAAGGAGAUACUUGGAGAUGUUUUACAUUCUCAAGUUCCGGGAUCUGAUUAAGUCCAUUCCGUUGGCUGUGGACGAGCAUUGAACUUCCGUGGGCUGGAGAAGCCGAGAGACAUUGCCGUUGGAGUUUGCUCUAGUUAUGUAGUUGCCUUUGUUGUUGUUGUGUUUUUCACCCAUUAUUGUGCUUAUGGGUGGAAUUUGUGUUUGUUCGUGAGGGUUAUUUUUAUUGGGUUGGUAGAAAAAUGCUUUGGUUUCAAUGUGGUUCAUGUUCCCUUUUGCAGACAAUGACUUUGGAGUAUGCGUUAGUAAGUCUCUGUUGAUUUUGUCCGUAUAUUGUUGUU